CCGCGUACGAGGAUAGUUGUAUCGUAGGACUGUGCUUCGCUGGACGGGCCAAUCGGUGGCCUACAUUAAUUCGGCCGUUCCCCUGGACUGGACUGUACCUGGCGAGAUGGACCGAUCCACUAGGAGCAUCCUUACAAGGAUAGUCGUUGACUUCCUCUGCGUCUUCAUUGUCGGCUUGUGCGUCCUCGUCUUCUUCCUCUUCGGCAGGCCUAAUCAAAGAGGCUUUUUCUGCAACGACGAGUCACUUUAUCACCCCUUCCGAUCAUCGACGGUCACCAGUACGAAUCUUUACGUCACCGGCAUGAUUCUACCUAUAUGUCUGAUGAUCCUGGGUGAGUACGUCCACACGAGGAAAUCCGGCGACCAGUCUUCGAGGAUUCUUUUUGGGUAUUCCAUGCCUUCUUGGGCGUGGAAGGCAUAUACGAAGAUCGGCAUCUUCGGUUUCGGAGCUGCAACGACGGUGCUUUUUACUGACAUUGCGAAGUACACGAUCGGAAGGCUGAGGCCGCAUUUUAUGACGGUUUGUGUACCCAAUGUUGAUUGCAAUUUGCUUGAGAAUCAACAUCGAUACAUCGAGGAUUUCACCUGUACCUCGAAUUUCUCGACGAAGCUGCUGAAGGAAGUCAGGUUAUCCUUCCCCUCGGGCCACUCGUCGUUCUCCGCCUACACAAUGCUCUACGUUGCGCUGUACCUGCAACUGCGCUUCACGUGGGAAGGUAGCAAAUUGUUGAAGCACGUAUUGCAAAUAAUUUGUUUAUUGAUGGCCUGGUUCACGGCGAUGUCACGAGUUACUGAUUACAAGCAUCAUUGGAGUGACGUUUUGGCAGGAUCUACUCUGGGAGUAGUCGUCGCAGUAUUAAUGGCCUACUGCGUGGCCGACCUAUUCAGAGAGAGGAGCCCCUUAUCACCAGGUGAUAAGCUGCACUCGGGGGAUUACGAAGUCGAAGGUGGGACUCAGGGCGAAUCGUGCCCGCUAAGGCGUUGCUUGCACAUGUAUGGCGACAUGUCAUCACGACCGCCAGAGACGACUUAGUGCACCUUAAAUUUAACUCGACCUCCUCAUCGUCAUUACUGUCCGACUAAUUU